UGCUUGCAAAGAAGCUCCCAUCAACAUGCACAACUCCCAGACGAAUCCCAUUUACGUACUCUGUUUCUCCGAGCGUUGGAAACGUUCCAUCCUACAUUUGCGGGGAGAAGUUUCUGUAAAGAAUGGCACACUCGAUCGCAGUUCCCUUCCAGCUUUUAGGAAGACCGAGAAGAUGAUGGGUUUCAAGGACCCAAUUCCUGAAGAGGAGCUUGUGGAAAUGUUGCAGGAACGCACUGCUUUCUUCCAGCGGAAAUAUUCUCAAGCCCCACAGUCGCUCUACCCUGACAAUAUGUACCUUGUUGGGACGCUUUACACCUCCGACGAGGUAAGUAUUUUUGAAGUGUUAAAUGAUUGAUUUAACUUACGCCUUUGGCAUUCUGAGGAAGUGGCAUGAACUUCCUCGGAAUGAGUUGUUUGGUGGUGGCAGUCCAGACACACACCGUCUCUAUGAGGGACUUUUACGUAUCAUCAUUGGAGAUGCGGUGCUCAAAUGGAGUAAGGAAAUGCUUAACAAAGUUGUAGAAGCAAGGGAGUCAAUACGUAUGGAGGAGCGAGUUCUGCACACAGGUACCAUGCAUAAGAUUUUCA